GUUUGGCUGCAAAGUCUGACCAGGGAGCAAUCUGUAUCUGCAGCUCCAAAGGCAGGCGGGGCCUUAAUUGGCUUCACCUGGUAUUUAACCUUGAAGAGAGUAAAAAUGUAUUAGAAAGAAAGAAAGAAAGAAAGAAAGAAAGAAAGAAAGAAAGAAAGAAAGAAAGAAAGAAAGAAAGAAGGGUGAGAGAUCCAAGGUACUGGCACAUCUUAUCAUUCCUCUUUGCCAUCCAGGACAUCAAUGAGGACUCCAGCCUCUUACCCAACCUCACUCUGGGCUACAACAUCUAUGAGACCUAUUUUGAUGGACGGACCACUUCCGAUGCCAUGGUUGAUCUCCUGUCUGGUGGGGGAAACAAUAUUCCAAACUACAAAUGUGGAAGACGGGAUCACCCAUUGGCUGUUUUUGAAGGGGCUGAAUCUGAUAUCUCCAUUCAAAUUUCAGCCAUGUCAGGCAUCUACAAAAUCCCACAGACCCUGCCUCAUUCCAGGUGUGCUGAGAGCUGUCACCCUGGAUAUGCCAAAAUGAUUCAGGAAGAAAAACCAAUUUGCUGUUAUGUUUGUCGCCCAUGCUCAGCAGGGACAAUCUCCUCUCAGGAAGAUGCAGAACAUUGCCGGAUGUGUCCAGAAGAUCAGUAUUCAAACAAGAAUCAAGAUCAAUGUGUCCCCAAGGUUAUAAACUUCCUGUCCUAUACAGAAACUUUGGGGAUCAUCCUAACUUCCCUUGCCUUAUUCUUGUCCCUCACUACGGCUUUUGUGUUAGGAAACUUCAUUAAAUACCUAGAGACUCCAGUAGUCAAAGCCAAUAACCGGGACCUCUCCUACAUUCUCCUAAUCUCCCUCUUACUUUCCUUUUUGUCCUCCUUUCUGUUCCUUGGUCAGCCAGGAAAGGUAACCUGCCUUCUCCGUCAAACUGCCUUCAGCAUCAUCUUCUCAGUUGCCGUCUCCUCUGUGUUGGCAAAAACUAUCACUGUCAUAUUGGCCUUCAUGGCCACCAAGCCAGGGAACAGGAUGAGAAGAUGGCUGGGGAAGAGUUUGGCCAACUCCAUUGUCAUUUCUUGCUCCGGUAUUCAAGUUGGCAUCUGCACCAUCUGGCUGGUAAAGUUUCCACCCUUCCCUGAAUCCGACAUGCACUCCCAACCUGGACAGAUAAUCUUGCAAUGUAACCAGGGGUCUGUUGCCAUGUUUUAUGGUGCCCUUGGCUACAUGGGCUUCCUGGCUGCCAUCUCUUUGACAGUGGCGUUCCUAGCCAGGAAGCUGCCUGGGGCAUUCAACGAAGCCAAGUUGAUCACCUUCAGCAUGUUGGUCUUCUGCAGUGUUUGGGUGUCCUUUGUGCCUGCCUACCUGAGCACACAGGGGAAAUACAUGGUGGCCGUGCAGGUCUUCUCUAUUUUGGCCUCCAGUGCUGGGUUAUUGGUUUGCAUAUUCAUUCCCAAAUGCUUCAUUAUUCUUCUGAGACCUGGUCUGAAUACAAAGGAGCAUCUAAUGUUGAAAUCUAAAGAUGGAAUCUGAUCUUUACUGAAAAAGGAGAAGAAUUAUAUCCCCACUAAAUCUGGACUGGAGCCACUGUUUUUGAUGGUGAUUCUUUGGAAUGGAUCCAGGACUAGCUUUGGAUUAGCUUUGGGGCUAACCCAUAAAUACAAGGAGGUCUCUACUGCAGGGAAGGCAGACAGGUUAUCUGAAUAUCAUAAUGCCUUGCAGGCCUUGGAAAGUUUAUUUUAAUACUUUCUCUGUAGCAACAUUGUAUGCCUAAUUGAAUACCCUGAAUCUUUAAAGUGGUAAGUGGGAACAUGAACCACCUAAUCUUGCGGAAUAUGCAUAUGUUGUCAGUAGAUUACUGACUUCAUUUAAUUCAGCAACGAGUCUUGUGAUUUCUAUGCUCCAGUUCAGUUUUGUACAUUAGGGAUAACUGACAGUGACCAUUCACUUUUGGAUGAUGGAACCCAGGUUGUUCAACUUAGGAGGCAGGGGUCUAUAAUAUUACUCUCUGUUCAUUGUUGAAGGCUGCACCAGAGAGGAUUUUAUUAUCUUGGGUGCCAC